UAUGAAGCGAAUGGCUGAGCGAGCCGGAAGGGAGCAUCAAGUGAGAAAAUUUGACACCUGGAUGGAGAGGAUAUUCGACGAGGGUGGAGAGCCAGCCAAGUCGUUCUUCGAUCAGAUCCCUCCUCAUAUGUGGACUCAGUGCCACGACGGUGGAAAGAGGUAUGGAAACAUGACGACCAACCUGGUCGAAUGUUUCAACGCCAUCCUAAAAGGCGCACGUAGCCUUCCCAUUACGGCUCUCGUGCAACUAACAUUUUAUCGGGUUGCACAUUACUUUAAUAGCCGACGGGAUUCUGCUCGUAAUGCAAUAUCUGAAGGAAAUUCGUUAACUCCACAUAUAUUGCUAGCGAUGGAAAGAAGGAAGUUGAAGGCGACCGGACAACGAGUCACGACGUUCAACCGAUCUAGGGGUACUUUUAGCAUCACGACCGCGCAGAGGGGACCCCAUAAAGGAAACAAUGUCCAAACUUUGAGCAUCCAGAGGCGCGAAUGCUCCUGCGGGAAGUGGCAAUCUUUACACUAUCCCUGCUCGCACCUUCUUGCAGCUUGUGCCGAGACACGACUAAAUGUGAGCCAGUUUGUUGACCCAUAUUGGAGUACUGCCGAGCACUAUGCAACAUAUGCUGCAGAAUUUUAUCCAAUCAUGCAUGAGGCAUAUUGGCCAACUUGCACGUUGCCAAACUUGCAGGCAAAUCCUGCAUACGCUAGACAUAAAGGUCGGCCUAGGAGCUUACGUAUACAUAACGAGAUGGAUGCUCAGGAAGGUCGGAAACAUAUCACAUGUAGCAUAUGCCGUCAAGAAGGACAUAACCGCACAAGAUGUCCGAGAAGGACCCAACCUGGGGAUGCAGCUGGACCUUCGCACUGACCUAUAACUUAUAGGUCAUCCGGGAUUUGCAUACUCUUACUCCUCGCGUCACGACAAGUUUUCACCUGCUAAUUCGUUAUGAAAAGUUUGUUUCCAAAUGUGAAAUCCUCAUACCACUUUAAUUUCUCGAUGAACACGCGAACGCUCCAUACUUAAUUUGUCUCUGAGCAAUUAAGUCACUGUGACCAUAAAUCGAGAAUAGUGUAUGUUCAGAUGAAAACUUGGUCAUACAUUUUAAUUUGUACACACAUAGGAUAAUCGUUGCGAUUUUUGUUCGUUUCCACCAUACAAAGCACCGGGGACAGAUACUCAAUUCUUAUGCUUUCUAUGUUCAUGCUUUCAAUCUUCUGGCUUGUUUACAGGAUCGAUCCAGGGCCGUCCGAUACUACUGUACUGUCUAUGGGCGAUCGGCACCGGUCUAGUCGUGCGUGGACCGAUUCGCAUGCUGACGUCUUAUAUUGCCGAGGGGGAAGUCAGAGCGUACAGGAUAGGAUAGGUGCAGACCCUCGCAUUAUUGAUUGGAUACGUGAGGCGGGUUUCUAUGGGAUAUAUCAGAUUGGCCAUAUCCAGUUGGAUUGGCAUCUUGUGACUGCGUUGGUCGAGCGAUGGAGGCCAGAGACACACACUUUCCACUUGCCGCACGGGGAGGCGACUAUCACAUUACAGGAUGUCGCAGUGUUGUUCGGGCUACCGAUUGAUGGGUUGCCUGUCACUAGUCGUACAGCUGGACCAGUAUAGGAUGGAGGCGUCGGCCAGGGGGGAGGACUUCGCCGCAUGUGCGAGAGAUUGUUGGGAGUGGUGCCCCCAGACAGUGAGCUUGUUGGUGCCCGCAUUCGCAUGCGGUUUCUAGAGGGGGAGAUGUUUCGCCAGCUUCCGGCUGAUGCUGAUGAUCAGACUAUAGCGUGUCGCGCACGUGCCCACAUGCUGCGAUUGAUAUGUGGGACGCUGUUCUGCGACCUAUCUGGGAGUUACGCACACUUGAUGUUCCUACCAUUGCUCGCGGAGCGAGCAGAGAUACGCCAUUAUAGUUGGGGUGCUGCGACGUUAGCUUGGCUGUACCGGGAGAUGUGCCGCGCCGCUAACGUGUCGCACUCACAGAUCGGAGGAGCACUCCGCUUAUUAUAGGUUUGGGCGUGGGAGAGAUUCACGCCGUUAGCUCCUACGCGCCGCGGUGUCCGACAUCUUAUUCAGAGGGAUGAGGACGGACGACCGAUUGACCCAGCUCCACUCGCGUGGAGGUGGAGGGAUCAGUUGUUGGCGCCUAAUGUUGCGCAACACACGCUGCCCUGGUACAGAUUCGAGCUGGACAUGCACCGGGAGCACGAGUUCGUAUGGGCGCCCUACACGGAUGACAUUGUUGCCGACCUACCACCUGGUUAUGCAGUUGGAUCAGACCUCUAGGUUGUCCGAGUGCCACUCAUAUGUUUUCAUAUUGUCGAGUGGCAUCUCCCAGACCGAGUGAUGCGCCAGUUUGGCUUUCGAAAGGGCAUUCCCGGUCGCUUCUGUACCUCAGGGGUGGAUGUACGUGGGGAGGACUUGCACGAGAUUGAUGGUCGCGGUCGGGGGAACACAGAUUGGGCAGCGGAGCACGCCAUGUACCUGAGUAUGUGGGUACAUAGGCGCGACUACAUUGUCGAGGGAGUCCAGGCAGAUGGCCCGAUGCGUCCGGAGGAUCCAUAUUAUGCGUGGUACAGGUCGAUCACACGUCGCUUCGUAGAUAGGACUGCGGCGGUCUACAUGAGCCUCGCUGACGUAUUACACCAGGUGGAGUCGCUAUCAUCAGACCCUGUUGUGAGCGAUUUAGCGAGAGUUGGUUUGGAGAUUGUCUACGAGGACGGGCGACGGAUCCCUACCCCGCGCCGGACGCCGGCUCCACGAGGUGGUCGAGCAGCUCCAGUACGAGGGGGUAGAGCAGCUACCUCCAGCCGUCCAUCGAGUCCGACCUUCUCACCACCCAUUGUACAUGAGGAGUAUGUGUUUGGGCCAUCCGCUGCUGAUAUUGCGGGACCCUCCAGUACCCCGGCCGAUUAUCGAUCUGACUCUGCCGCGACGCCGUCUAUGUCGUACUUACUGGACGACCCUCUCGAUGCGGAGGAGGUGGACGCACCCGGCUUGCCAGGUCGGAGUCGUCUAGAGACUACAUACGACAUAGCUCCUCGUCAGCUUCACCUAGAGAGGGAUUCUCCAGUACGUGUGGGCGGACACGACAGACAUGUAGCCGCUCGACGUGACCGGACACCAGACGCGGAGGAGCAGCCAGGUGAGGGCAGACACAGACGGCAGCCACCCCGACACCGGAGACGACCUCCAUGCGGUACCGAGUAGCCGAUAUAUGUAGUUGUGAAUUAGUUCAUAAUUUGAUUUAUACAUCAGAUGUAUGUUUACGGCUUCAUUUGUACAUAACGUAUUUAUUCAUUAUUCAUUUACUAAUGACUUCAUUUGUACAGCAUCUAUUUGUACAUAAUGUAAUUGUUUGGAGUAUCAUUUGUACAUAAUGUAAUUUACUUAAUU